CGUCGCGGAACGAGAGCUAAAUGUUAGCGGACAGUGAUCGUUUGGUCAAUAUAACGGAUUUAAAAACACUAUACUCUUAAAAUCCAGAAGCCAGGUGUGUUCUGUGGUUGUGUCUUCAGGCGGAGGGAGUCUGUUUCGUGAACCUUCACAUCUACCAGUUAUUUGUUUUCCCCGGACUGACGUUGUGAAAGAUGAGCGGUGAAUCAGAGGCCAACAAAGAGUUUAUGGAGCAGCUGCGGAUGCAGGAGCUCUAUGGUCAAAGAAAUGUGGACGGCUCUGACCCGUUUACCUAUACUGACCCGGAGGACGGGACUGUGUAUGACUGGGACCAUGAAAAGAAGGCCUGGUUCCCUAAAAUAACAGAGGACUUCAUCGCAGCCUACCAGGCCAACUAUGGCUUCACUAAGGACGGAGAUCCAGACGCAAACAAUGCUGCAGUGAGCAGCACUGACCCUGCAGCCCCAGAGAAGGAGAAACCGGGAGAUGACGCCCAAAAACCGAAACCAGAGCAGCAGGAGACCCCAGCAAAAGAAGCCAAGCAGAAAGGGGAGAAGAGGAAAGCGGAGCCAGGAUGGUUUGAUAUUGACGACAAUAAAAACACUAACGUCUAUGUGUCAGGCCUGCCCCCUGACACCAGCACUGAAGAGUUUGUCGAGAUGAUGUCCAAGUGUGGCAUCGUGAUGCGGGACCCCAUCACUGAAGAGUACAAGGUCAAACUCUACAAGGACAAAGAAGGCAAUCUGAAGGGAGAUGGCCUCUGCUGCUAUCUCAAGAAGGAGUCGGUGGCAUUGGCUACGCGUCUGAUUGACGAGACAGAGGUCAGAGGUUACAGACUCCAUGUGGAAGCGGCACGGUUCGAGCUGAAGGGCCAGUACGACGCCAGCAAGAAGAAGAAGAAGAACAAAGAGUAUCGGAAGAAGCUGCAGCAGCAACAGAAACAGUUGGACUGGAGGCCAGAGAAGAAAGGAGAAGUGAGGAAGAGACAUGAAAAAGUUGUCAUCAUCAGGAACAUGUUCCAUCCGAGUGACUUUGAGGAAGACCCGCUGGUGCUGAAUGAGUAUCGUGACGAUCUGCGGACAGAGUGUGAAAAGUUCGGGGAGGUGAAGAAGGUCAUCCUCUUCGAUAGACACCCGGACGGCGUGGCAUCAGUCGCCUUUAAGGAGCCUGAUCAAGCCGACGCAUGCAUCCAGUCGUUCGACCGUCGCUGGUUUGGAGGGAGGCAGCUGUCUGCUCAGCUUUGGGAUGGAACGACAGACUAUCAGGUGGAAGAGACGACACGAGAGCGGGAGGAGCGGCUGAAGACUUGGUCUACUUUCCUAGACGGGAGCGCUCAGGGCCAACAGAACAACAACAACAACUCCGCCGCCAAACCAGCAGCAGAGGGCGCCAACACCACAGAACCCACAGAACCCUCCAGCACUACAGAACCCAAACAGCACCCAGAAACAGAACCGCAGCCCUCACAGCAACAGGAACAGGAAGUGGACUCCACAGACAGCAGCCUGGCAGGAAGUGACGACGAGGAAGCUUAGACACUUACAUGCACAUCUUUGGUCCCCAUGGCAACCAAUUAGUCCUGCUUGAACUGCUGCAAAGCUCUGUGUGGGGAGGAGAAGGAGGAGGAGGAGUCCAGACUGUUUGACGUGUUUUGUAAUGUAGAAAAAUAAAAUAAUGAUUUUUGUCUACCCUA